AUGGGCAUCCAGGGGAUGGAACUCUGUGCCAUGGCCGUGGUCAUUAUGCUUUUCAUCGCCGUCCUCAAACAGUUCGGGAUCCUGGAGCCCAUGUCCAUGGAAGACACCAGCGACAGCGACCUCGAACUUUCAUCUGUCCGGCACCAGCCAGAAGGGCUAGACCAGCUGCAGGAGCUGACCAAAUUCACCAAGAAGGAGCUGCAGUCCCUGUACAGGGGCUUCAAGAACGAAUGCCCCAGCGGCCUGGUAGACGAAGACACCUUCAAGCUGAUCUAUGCUCAGUUCUUCCCUCAGGGAGACGCCAGCAUGUACGCCCACUUCCUGUUCAACGCCUUUGAUGUGGACCGGAACGGAGCCAUCUGCUUCGAGGAUUUCGUCGUCGGCCUCUCCAUCUUGCUCCGUGGGACCGUGCAUGAAAAGUUGAACUGGGCUUUUAACCUCUAUGAUAUUAACAAGGACGGCUACAUCACCAAGGAGGAGAUGCUGGCGAUCAUGAAGUCCAUUUACGACAUGAUGGGCCGCUACACAUACCCGAUCGUCAGGGACGAUGCCCCCGUAGAGCACGUGGAGAAGUUCUUCCAGAAAAUGGACAGAAAUCGGGACGGCGUGGUGACAAUCGAGGAGUUUUUAGAGACCUGUCAAAAGGACGAGAACAUCAUGAGCUCCAUGCAGCUGUUCGAGAAUGUGAUCUAG